AUGUCUGCAUGCUGGACAAUCUUCCUGGCUUUGCCACACCUCUUUUCUUGCCUGUUUCUCAGCAUUAAUAUCAUCAUCAUCGUCUCGGCUUUUAGAUAUAUGAUUACACGCUCUCAACGCCUAUCCAAGAUCCUCCUUUCUCCUUCUCGACUUCUGGUCUGGGAACAGCGAUUGUCAAAGCUCUCUCGUGUGAUUGACUCUGCGAAGAAAGGAGUAGCUAGCCCUUUGAAGGGCCACACUGUUGGCAGAUAUUGCGCUGUACGAGACAGACAGGGGAAGCUGAGUGGCGUUGUCCUCGACGGAAAAUCACUCUGGUGCGAUGGUUCCAUCGUAGACCGCUUUGGUCUGGCAAUCCGGGAUGGCAUCUACCAGGGUCAGGCUACAUGCCUGGAAGACCUGACAGACGAUCAGGUGGAAAGCAUGGUUUACGACGUUCUGCAUAGCAUGGAUCGUCAAGUCGAUCGAGCUCUGUCUCAGUUUGCCCGAGAGGAGAAGUUCGUCUUUCUCCGCAGCGCACAUCAACUGAUGACUUCUUGCAAAGCUAAGCUUCAAUUCGCGCAAGACCUGACACAAAAUCGACCCGGCAGCUCCCAUGACUUCGUGAUGGAGCUAUCUUACAAAACACAAGAGAUUUUUCGCGUAGCUUCUUUCCUUUCUCCUCGGAGUUUUGCAAGGACUCAAGAUGGAGGCUACAAAACAAUCAUCAACUGUGAAGGCACACUAGACAAAGAAACACUUCGUCGAGUUUUGAGAGCAUGUGUUGAAGAGUCAAACGAAGGUAUGACGCAGCAGUUACACGAAAUCCUGGAGGAUGCUUGUCAAUUACUUCUUACCGACCCCGCUUCAACAAUCGGUUAUGCGAUCGAUGCAGGAGCAAGGAUUAGGGCGUCAUUCGCUAAGAGUACCUGA